AUGAGUCAACCUUUGAGAGGAGGUGUUCGGACUCUAUCCUCCAUCCGAGCCGGCCCUCCGCGGGUGCGACGGGAUGUUGCAUCGCUUCCCCGAUUGCAGACAAGAUGCGUCCAAAUCCGCGCGGCGCCUUCAGAGCGACCAGGAGCAGUUAAUGGGGAUCAGCUCGCCAUUGUCGACACACCAAGCUCGGCAGAAUCAGCCGAUGCGCGAUUCGAUGUCAUUGGCGCACCCUACUCAUUGCUCUCAGUUUCGCUUUCCGCUUCACAGAAUCUUUACACUCGACGAGGGACACUGGUGGGAUUAAGUGGGAAAGCAGACAAUGUAGUUUCGACAUUAAGCAUUCUCGAGCCUUUCCGGAGAGCCGCCGUUGGCAUACCGUUUCUCUACCAGAAGGUAUCGUCGGCGAGUCCAGUAACGGCGUUGGUCUCCGUUCGAUCCCCUGUCACCUCUUUCGCGGUUGUCCGCCUCGAUGGCUCGGUGGACUGGAUGAUUGCUCAAAGACGAGCGUUGCUCGCCUGGACUGGUCGCACUCUCACUGUCCGGCCAACGAUCAACACGGACCUGAGCUUGGCCCACUGGGGUAGUUCAGAGGUGACGGGACGAGGGCUGCUGGCACUGGUUGGCGCCGGCCAAUUAUAUUCAGUCGAGUUGAAGGCCGGGGAACAAUACAUUGUACACCCCAGUAAUGUGGUGGCCUACACCAUGACCUCCAACCCACCACGCCCAUACCGUUUCAAGUCGACAACACUGAAAUUCCAGGUUCCAGGCCUCAAGAGCCUGCCGAAUUUCUUCCAGAACUCCAAGUUCAUUCGGGACAUGGCAGACUCAAACACAUGGAAGACGACAAUGAAAAUACUGCACAAGGUUCGCACAUGGUCGCGAAUGACCAUCUGGGGAGAUAGGCUUUUCCUCCAAUUCGACGGCCCUACAAAAAUCCUCUUGCAAACCCGUGGACCUCGUAUCAAUGAUAUCAUGUCUGCCCGUGAAAUCAACGAAAUCGCGGAUACGCCAAGAGGAUUGACCUUCGACCCUACAAAAUCUACUGAACAACCACGGGUAGCUGGGGAGGAAUUCAGAAAUGUUGCUCAUGAGGCUGUCAAUGCAGGUCCUGGGCCGUCGCGGACCAUUGAGGAACUGGAAAACGAGAUGAAAGGGAUCAGCCAGAGUAUCGCGACGCUCACCAAGGAGGGGAAAGUUAUCAUUGAAAAGGUUGCGGAGAAGAAGUAA